UUGAAUGGGAGAGCACUGCGGUGUAUUUAAGCCUCUGAUGUGUGGUCGAUGUCAAACCACAAAUACGAGCCUGUCAAGAAGAAAGAGUUUAAUAUAAGUGUGACCUUUUAUCGUGACAAGAUUUAUUUUAUUAUUUUCAAGAAUCUGUUCGAAUACUUGGAUUAAAAUGCCAUCAGCAAAAGGAGUUGCUAUUGGAAUUGACCUGGGCACCACUUACUCCUGUGUGGGGGUGUUUCAGCAUGGAAAAGUGGAAAUCAUCGCCAAUGAUCAGGGCAACAGAACAACACCCAGCUAUGUUGCCUUCACGGACACAGAGAGGCUCAUUGGAGAUGCAGCUAAAAAUCAGGUUGCCAUGAACCCAAACAACACAGUGUUUGAUGCGAAGAGGCUGAUCGGAAGAAAGUUUGACGAUCCGGUUGUGCAGUCUGACAUGAAGCAUUGGUCCUUCCAAGUCAUCAACGAAGGAGGAAAGCCAAAGGUUCAGGUUGAAUACAAGGCAGAAAACAAAACAUUUAAUCCUGAAGAAAUUUCCUCUAUGGUCCUGGUGAAGAUGAAGGAGAUUGCAGAGGCGUACCUGGGACAGAAGGUGACCAAUGCGGUUGUCACUGUUCCUGCCUACUUCAAUGACUCCCAGAGGCAGGCCACUAAAGAUGCUGGAGUAAUCGCUGGCCUGAAUGUUCUCAGAAUCAUCAACGAGCCCACAGCUGCUGCCAUUGCCUACGGGAUGGACAGAGGCAAAAGUUCCGAGCGUAACGUCCUGAUAUUUGACCUGGGUGGAGGCACAUUUGAUGUGUCCAUCCUGACCAUUGAAGAUGGCAUCUUUGAGGUGAAAGCCACAGCUGGAGACACACACCUGGGUGGGGAGGACUUUGACAACCGCAUGGUGAAUCACUUUGUAGAAGAAUUCAAGAGAAAACACAAGAAGGACAUCAGUCAGAACAAGAGAGCGCUGAGGAGGCUUCGUACAGCUUGUGAGAGAGCCAAGAGAACCCUUUCCUCCAGCUCUCAGGCCAGCAUUGAGAUCGACUCUUUGUAUGAGGGCAUUGACUUCUACACAUCCAUCACCAGAGCAAGGUUUGAAGAGCUGUGCUCAGACCUCUUCAGGGGAACUCUGGAUCCCGUGGAGAAAUCUCUGAGAGAUGCCAAUAUGGACAAGUCUCAGAUUCAUGACAUCGUCCUGGUUGGUGGAUCAACAAGAAUUCCUAAAAUCCAGAAACUUCUUCAAGAUUUCUUCAAUGGAAGAGAACUGAACAAAAGCAUCAACCCAGAUGAGGCUGUGGCUUAUGGUGCUGCGGUGCAAGCCGCCAUCCUGAUGGGUGACACAUCUGAAAACGUUCAAGAUCUGUUGCUGCUGGAUGUUGCUCCUCUAUCUCUGGGUAUUGAAACAGCAGGAGGAGUCAUGACUCCCCUCAUCAAACGCAACACCACCAUCCCCACUAAACAAACCCAGACCUUCACCACCUACUCAGAAAACCAGCCCGGUGUCCUGAUCCAGGUGUAUGAGGGAGAGAGAGCCAUGACAAAAGACAACAACCUGCUGGGGAAGUUUGAGCUGACAGGAAUUCCACCUGCACCACGUGGAGUUCCUCAGAUUGAAGUGACCUUCGACAUAGAUGCUAAUGGAAUCCUGAAUGUGUCAGCUGUGGACAAAAUCACUGGCAAAGAGAACAAGAUCACCAUCACCAAUGACAAGGGCCGACUGAGCAAAGAGGAGAUUGAGAGAAUGGUGCAGGAAGCUGACAAAUACAAAGCUGAAGAUGAUCUGCAAAGAGAGAAGAUUGCUGCCAAGAACUCGCUGGAGUCUUUUGCCUUCAACAUGAAGAAGACUGUGGAGGAUGAGAACCUCAAAGGCAAAAUCAGUGAGGAUGACAAGAAGAAAGUCCUUGAGAAAUGCAACGAAACCAUCACCUGGUUAGAGAACAACCAGCUGGGUGAUAAAGAGGAGUAUGAACAUCAUUUGAAAGAGCUGGAGAAAGUCUGCAACCCAAUCAUUGCUAAACUAUACCAGGGAGGAAUGCCAGCUGGAGGCUGUGGACCUCAGGGACAGGCUGGUUCAGGGGCAGGUUCCCAAGGACCGACUAUUGAAGAGGUGGAUUAAAAAAACAUGAAAGUGAAUGAAAGACUUAAAUCUCCUUGGCUUUUUUAUACAGUUCUCAUUGUGGUGCAGGUUUAUUUUUUUCUAAUGUUCACCAAAAAAUGUUGGAUCUAACCUAUUAUAAAAACGUAUUAUUUAACAAUAAGUAUUUAAGGAUUUAAGUUCCCAAUAUUUUGAAGAUGUAAAAUUAUGCAAGUCACACCUUUAGAAUUUGUAAUGUUAAAUCUUGUAAAUGUGAUGUUUUCAGUUACAUGUUGAUAAGUGUCCUUGCAAGGUGAUGUACAUAAAUGUAAAUAUACAUUUUAAAUUAUGUCGUUUUUUUUCAACAAAAUUGUACUAAACAGUUCUACUUUAAUAAUCAUUUAAUUGCAUAUAAUCAGCCUAAUCUCAAUUUAUCACAUGUUCAUAAAAUAAUAGCAAAACAACUGUCCAGCUUGUUGGCUGCUUCUUCUACAUGUUUGGGGGUUCCAAUUUAUCCAUUAAGGUGGAUUAAAAAAACAUGAAUGUGAAUGAAAGACUAAAAUCUCCUUGGCUUUUUUUAACAGUUCUCAUUGUGGUGCAGGUUUCUUUUUUUCUAAUGUUCACCAAAAAAUGUUGGAUCAAACCCAUUAUAAUAACUUGGUAUUUAAGAAUAAGUAUUUAAGAUUUAAGUUUACAAUAUUUUUAAGAUGUAAAAUUAUGUAAGUCUAACCUUUAGAAUUCAUGUUAAAUCUUGUUGAUAUGAUUCUUUUCAUAGUUUGUUACAGUAACAUGUUGAUAACUCCUUGCAGUCUGUGAUGUAAAUAAAUGUAAAUAGACAUUUUAAAUGA